GGAUAACGUCAUUCGUUCUCGUCGCCAUUUGCAACGCGACGGUCUGCGUGCAAAAGUUGAUCCGGAAAAGUUUCUGCAAGUGUUUUUCGCGAGUGCCGUUCCAUCAGAUACGGGAGUUUUUCUUCCUGUAGGCCCAUCUGUCCCGCGCCCCAGAGGUUCCAUAGUGGCCAAAAGUGAAAAAAAGCUAAACCGCGAACCCGCCGUUCUGUGUCCGUGUGUUACUCAAUUUUCCAGCGCUCCCCUCCACCGAAAAUCAGCAGGAAGAAAAUCACAUUGGAAGAUUUUCUCUUUUCUCGUCGAAAGUGUACAAUCAUGGCCAACUAAAAAGAUGUCGUCUACACGCAAAGUGUCACUCGUCAGCAGCAGCUUAAUUGCUCCGAACUGUGGAGGAAAAGUGCUCCGUCGUCCUAAUCUUAGGUCCGAGCCGGAACUGGCCAUCGAUUGCCAGUCGGACUCCGCCUCCUACCUCUGCUCUUCUAUUGUUUCCUCAUUUGACCUAGUUUUAAGCAGCAUCGUCAACAGCUCCGCCAAUGGAGAAAAAUCAUCGCUUUGCGAAUCAGUCCCUGUCCAAGGGGCAGAUUUCUGAUUCGAAGAAAAAUCAAGAUAUCUCAACCAAGUGGCCACGCAACUCCAAGAGACGUGAACAAACUAAUUCGAGUGGCUACAAACCGGAAAACGUUAGAACUACCAGUGGCAAAGCAACACCAGCCGGAAAAACUCGUGCCCAAACCAACUUUAACUAUGACAAGCGCUCGAAGCAGCGCCCGGAAGCAGCUGGUCCGCUGUUUCCGGAGGCUUCAGCUUCGGCACUUGACCCAGCUAAUCAAUACGACGACCACUACGAGGGAACCGGACUAGCAUCGCAAGGCGGCAGUGACUUCGGCACUGUAAGGAAUGAACUACAUUCGGUGUUCUCACCUGGUUCGAAGAAACAAAGUUUGAACCAUCUGUUGAACUUCCAUUACACGCCCCGUGAGCGUGAUCAACCCAUGCGGUUCAGCAAGACGGGAAAUAAUCGCAGCUACGUCAAGAAGGUCACUUACAACAAGGAACAGUACUUACAGGCCAACUGCCAAUUCGUCGUCCGGGCUGGAGAAGAUUAUACGCCUGUUUUGGCAUCGCCUGAUAACCUGGUAGAUUGGGCAAAGAUCGAGCAAGUUCACAUCUUUAGCUCCGAAGAACCUCAAUGUCCCAUUUGUUUGUAUCCACCGGUUGCGGCCAAAAUGACCAAAUGUGGUCACAUUUACUGCUGGCCGUGUAUUCUGCACUAUCUUGCUCUGUCCGAUAAAGCUUGGCGCAAGUGUCCUAUCUGUUACGAUGCGAUCCAUGUUCCUGAUCUAAGAAGCUGCGUUCUGAAACCGUUCCACUCGUACACCGUUGGCGAAAGUGUCACUUUCCAGCUGAUGCGUCGUGAGAAAACAUCUUUGAUCGUUGAAAUCGCAUCCGACGUCGGCAAGAAAAGUCUCGAGAUUCCUCUGUUCAAUCCCAACCUGAACAGAACUAUACUUACCAAGCUGCUCAUGGCUGGUUCGGCAGAACUUUUGGCAAUCGUUGAACGUGAACAACUAGAGCUUGAGAAUCAAAUUGUCGUUGAUGGCAUUGAUUGCCCGGAGAACAUAUUCGUACAACAAGCACUCGAACAGUUGAAAGAACGUAGGGAAAAGGCGUUGAAUGUAAGGGAGGUAUCAACUGUUCUGAAGGAGGAAAACAUCCGCACGAGUGAGUCCUCAUCUGAUGAAGCAGCAGGAUUUACAAUUGAAGAAACCGCAUCGGAGUGUGCCGAGGAGGAAGAAUCGAUUACUGUAGAACAGUCCAUCGGUGCAAACUUUAUGAUUGAUGAGGACAGCAACUUCACGCUCAGCGACAUUGACAUUGUUCCAACAUCGACGUGCGCUUCGUCGGAUUACUAUUAUUUCUACCAGUCCACAGACGGGCAGCCACUGUACUUGCAUUCGAUGAACACGCGCAUGCUACAGGCUAUGUACGGAAGCUUGGACAAAAGCCCUCAGAUGAUCACCGGCAAGAUUGUCCAUAAAGAUAGCAGCUCCAUGUCGGAAGCUUUGCGAAAGCGGUUGAAAUAUCUCCAACAUUUGCCCAUUUGUACUCAGUUUGAGGUAGUCGAAGUAGAGUUUAAGCAGGGAGUGAUUUCGCCUGAAGUGUUGGCAUAUUUUAAAGAUGAGAUGAACGAUCGCCGCAAAGAUCGUCAGAAGAGAGCUCGUGCCGAACGCAUUCGAGAACGCCAAAUUUUCGAAUUCAAUGAACGCCAGCUGGGUAAAUCAUUGGCACGGUCUGCCAAAAUCAACAUCGAUUCCAACAAACAUUUCCCAACGUGUGGAAAUGACUCAUUCGAUUUUAGCCAUGAACCAUCUCUAUGUACGAGCCCAUCAACCAGUGAUGCUUCUGCUUCCCCUUAUCCAUCAGGUCCAUCGUGGUCAAAGAUGUUAUCCACUUCGCCAGCAGCGUCCCGCUGGCCAUCGCUUCCAUCUGGUGGAUCGGUAAAUGUAUUUGGACCCUUGGCUGCACCACCACCGAAGAUGAUUCAGGUGACUGGUUCCAGGAUGAGCAGUACAACGUCGUCCAUCCACAAGCACCGUUUCACUUCGGAGAGCGACUUUGAUGAGAAUGACGAUAUUCAGGAAGCCCGAGCACCUGAACCGAGAAACAAUUUGGCCUCCGCUAUCGAGGCAGCACUGGAGAAGGUAUCGCUGAAUAACGAACUUGCCGUGUUGGAGGGCGGAGUAAUUAACAAAAAGCAAAAGGGAGGAGCAGCUUCCAGCAACAACAACGGAGCGAAAAAGAAGAAGAACAAGAAAACUGUGUUGUUUGCUUCCGGUAUGAAUUUGAAUUAGCUUUCAAUUGAUUUUCCUUAUUGGCUAAAUAAAAUCAAAGAAGUUCAUUUUAGGUAAAACUGUUACAUAAAUUUAAAGACAAUACCUGUACUGUUAAUUCGUUCUGUAAUUUUUAUUUCAUUGGGUCUUUGUUACUACAUACCUAUUUUUAU